AUGUCGGUGCCACCACCGCCACCAAAAAAGGACGAUCGGGAAGCAGUCAAAGACCUAAUUGGAGAAAUCCGAGUCAUUUACAAGGAUAUCAUUAAACUGCGAGCCAACGAUCGUGAAUUAUACAGGCAAUUGUCUGACAGAGUGAAUGCAAUUGAGCAGGAUAAAUCAAAACGUUUUAUGAAAAAUCGUCGCAAGUACAAGCUGGAGGAGAAGAAUAAGUUGAAGAACGCUUCUGCUAAUCCAGGAAAUGCUCCGAAGAAGACACCAUCGAAGAACUCGAAAAUUGAUUCGGCUAGUAAUGAACCCGAUGAGAAGGGAGCGGAGAAGGAAGAGUGA